AAAUACUCAUAUCUUCGGCUCCCAGUCACUAUUCUUCUCAUAUGUCUACCUUCAAAGAUCUCUUUUAACUUUCCCAAUAAUCUGAAAUACUUAUCUCUUUCUUUGAAUCGACGUUUGUUUUCCUGAUCUUUUACGCUGUUCUCUUGGAUUUGAUUGUUUUGUUUUCUGAUUCCUCCAUCUCUAUCAGAUAAUUCACAAUUUAAUCCGACCAGUUUUAACGGCUACUUGCAGAACUUCCGAUUUUAGGGUUGUUUCUGUCAAAUUGAUUACGAUUUGAUCUGAAUUUGUUAUUAUUAUGACGUUUGAGGAAGCAGAUGUAGUCACCCUUUUGAAGAUCGCGAUUGAAGAUCCCAAGGAUGAUUACGUAAUUUUGAAGGAACCGGAGGGGUUGGGCGGUGGUAAUGGCCGCGGCGGCGGCGGUUGUUGUUCACUGCCUUCUUCUUCGUCGUCGUCGUCGAGGAGUUGUAGUAGUGUUGGUGGCGGCUUUUGGUGCUCUCUUUGGUGGUGGUCGAAGCUUGUUCUUGUGUUUAUCUUCUUGGCUGUUGUGGGGGUUUGUUUCUUUCUAUGGAUCGGACCUUUUUUAAUGAAUAAGGAGGUUAUCCCCAUUUUGAAUUGGGAAACCGAAACUUUCAGCAAACCAGUGUUAGCAGUUUUGAUCUUCACUUCUGUAGCAAUCUUCCCAACCAUAUUACUACCAUCUACACCUUCAAUGUGGGUAGCCGGAAUGAGUUUUGGCUAUGGUUUUGGGUUUCUUUUAAUCAUCAGUGGAGUCAUCAUCGGCACAUCACUUCCCUAUUUCAUCGGUUCCCUCUUCUACCACAAAAUCCAAGGUUGGUUAGAAAGGUAUCCAAAAAAAGCUUCAAUCUUGAAGUUAGCAGGUGAAGGAAACUGGUUUAAUCAGUUUAGAGCAGUGGCAUUAUUGAGAAUUUCUCCAUUCCCUUACAUGGUUUACAACUACUGUGCUGUGGCAACUGAUGUCAAGUUUGGUCCUUACUUAUUUGGAACAUUGACAGGAAUGGUCCCUGAGAUUUUCGUUGCAAUAUACACGGGUCUAAUGAUCAGAACUUUGGCAGAUGCUUCAAAUGAUCAACACUCACUUUCAGUGACUCAGAUUUUAGGUACUGUUGGUGGGUUUCUUUUAACAAUUACUACAACUGUUUUGGUGACAGUUUAUGCAAAAAGAAGAUUGAAUGAGUUGCAGAAAGAUGAAGAACAGCUAUUGCUUCAGUAGGAUGCAAAGAUUAUGAAGAGAAUCAUAAACUAACAAAAGAAAGGGUGUUUUUGGAUUGAUUUAAUAGAGUAUAUAUAUCUAUAUAAAUGCCAUUAAAAGAUUGAUCUUUUGAAAAUCCCCACUUCUGUUCUUCAUAAAUUGUAUAUAAUGAACUGCAUACUUAUAAAUGGUUCUUUCCGUAUAUUCUUUGUUGAUGGUUAAUGAAAGCAUAUUUUGCUUUUAAUAAAAUGGAUGAAACAAAAGAUAUA